UGUUUUGCAGUUUUUUUACUAAUUGAAAAAAAGGAAUUGGCUCAGUGAAAAACAAAAUGGAACAAUAUUAUUUUCCAUGAUUGUGCAAAUUUGCCCAUUACAUUUUUUUUGUUCUUUAUAUGCAACUACAGUCUACUUCUUUGAAGUUUCGUCACACUCAUUUUUCUUUAUCAUUUUGCAGUGUUUUUAAGAAGAUAAGAUGGAAGACAAGAGUGCAAUCAAGAAAGAUGUUACAGAAUUGAUAGGCAAUACCCCAAUGGUAUAUCUCAACAAUGUUGUGGAUGGUUGUGUAGCCCGUAUUGCUGCCAAGCUUGAGAUGAUGCAACCAUGUUCCAGUGUUAAAGACAGGAUUGGAUAUAGUAUGAUAAAAGAUGCAGAGGAUAAGGGUUUGAUUACACCAGGGAAGACUAUUCUCAUGGAGGUGACAAGUGGCAAUACUGGCAUUGUUUUGGCUUUCAUUGCAGCCGUAAAGGGUUACAAACUAUUACUUAUCAUGCCAGCUUCAAAUAGCCUUGAGAGGAGAACUGUCUCUAGCUUUUGGAGCCGAGUUGUACCUUACAGAUCCUGCCAAGGGCCUUGAUGGUGUUCUUCAGAAGGCUGAUGAGCUCUUAAGCAAAAUCCCUAAUAGUUAUUGGUUUAAACAAUUUGCAAAUCCUGC